AAUAAUAUUACUGCGGCCUUGCCUUAGGUAACGGAAAGGCUGUCGCGAGGCAACACUGGAAGGACCAGCAAGUACAACAUUUGUCCUGCCGCCAAUUAUUUCUAUCCUUCUCUUGUCGCGCCGCAACUCCUCCACUUCAACUAUUCUCCAGCCCCAUCAUUCCAUCAUUCCACCACAAGAACCCUUACUUUACAAUGGAUUCCUCCAUCUCAACUCACAGCACGCUUAAUCCGAGAGCUGUGUGGUGGUAUCCCACAGGCGCCCGAGCCAUCAUCAUUCCGGAUAAUUGCAUUGUUGUCAACGCCCAGGCACUCAACCGCUUCAACCAAGUUCUCAAGCCCGCAUCCCAUGAAGUCCUUAGCCGUGCCACGAAGCUAUUGGAAGUUGGCAUAGAUGGAAACCUAGUCCUCACGGAAAAGGAACUUCACAACAUAUACGCCGACUUCAUCAAAAGCCUUCCAAGACCCUUCGAUCUUAGCCUCAGCCUCAUGAAAGCAGCCAAGGCUCGACAGCAUCUCUACAAGGCUAUCUGCUUCAACUCGACAAGGCCCAAAGAAUCCGAAGAGGCCAUGAAGCCUCGUGAUAUCGUCAUCGCUAUGCGUAUCAUCAACUGCUUGAAUGACUUAAUCAAGCGUAUUCUUCUCGCUGAGCGAUCCGGAAACUUCGUCGCCCAGUUUUCAGGUGUAGAACACCGCCAGGCCAUCUGGAAAACCGAUGUAACGCUCUUCGACCUUGAGCAUGGCAUUACACGAUAUCUUAGAGGUCUGAAAAGGGCCAAGGUAACAAACGGCACCAAGCGACCCCACGAGUUUACUCCAUGGAAGGGAAAUUGGUCGAGCACAUAGACCGUGCCCAUGGUAGUCUCCUUCCACGUAGCCUGUGGCGAGUGUCCCAUGCUGUAAGCGGUUAACUACACCUCAAGAUAGCUGGUUGAAUUAGGUGGUUUGCAAAAAGCAGUGAAUUGGUAGAUUACCAAUUAACUACCUAAAGUAUAGCCACACAACAGCUUAGCUGAUGAAUGAGAACCCAUCUUUGCUGCCAUACCAAAGGCCACCUGAG